AUGAGUCUGCGACUUGUUUCUCUCUUCGCCUUGCUCAGUGUGUUGGUCUCGGCCGCCCCUACGGUCAACACCAAAUUCCCAUAUGUUGGUCCUGCCGUCCCUAUCGGAGAUUGGGUUGAUCAGACCAUCAAUGGAAACGGCCAAGGUUUCCCUCGUUUAGUCGAAGCGCCUGCCGUUCAGCCAAGCAGCGAGAAUGUGACCAACAACAUCAAUGUCAUUUCCUUGGCGUACAUUCCUGGAGGAAUGCACAUCCAUUUCCAGACGCCUUUCGGGAUUGAUGGCAUGCCAAUGGUCAGUUGGGGUGAAGAUGCCACCAACUUGUGUAAGAAUACCACGGGAUACACUACGACAUACGAUCGAACUCCCGCCUGUAGUCAAGUGGCAGUCACUCAGUGCAGUCAAUUCUUCCACGAAGUCUCUCUGCCAGACUUGAAGGACGACACAACAUACUAUUACCAGAUCCCUGGAGGCAAUGGUACUACCCCGUCUCAAGUCAUGAGCUUCAAGACUGGUCUCAAGGCCGGUUGUGCUCAAUCCUUCUCCGUCGCUGUGAUCAACGAUAUGGGAUACACCAAUGCCCUUGGAACGCACACUCAGCUCCUCAACUUGAUCCAGGAUGGAGCUGCCUUUGUCUGGCAUGGAGGUGACAGCUCGUACGCUGAUGACUGGUAUUCUGGUAUCCUCCCUUGCGAGGACGACUGGCCAGUAUGCUACAACGGUUCGUCUACUGAGCUGCCUGGACCUGCCCCCGUCCCUGCUCAAUACUUGGAUGCUCCCCUCCCCGCUGGCGAGGUCGCCAACCAGGGUGGACCCCAAGGAGGAGACAUGAACGUCAUUUACGAGUCCAAUUGGGAUCUCUGGCAGCAGUGGAUGAACAACAUCACCACUCAAGUUCCCUACAUGCUUACCCCUGGAAACCACGAAGCUUCCUGCGCCGAGUUUGACGGACAGAAGAAUGAGCUUUCCGCCUACCUCGACAAUGACAUUGUCAAUGGAACAUUGAACAGCUCGACUCUGAGCUACUGGAGUUGCCCAGAAUCCCAGCGAAACUUUACCGCUUACCAGUAUCGAUUCCGAAUGCCCGGUAACGAGACUGGUGGAGUCAGCAACUUUUGGUACUCGUUCGAUUAUGGUCUCGCCCAUUUCAUCUCGUUCGACGGAGAGACCGACUACUACCAGUCGCCUGAAUACCCUUUCAUCGCCGACUUGAAGCCUAACGAGACCAUCGAUGAGAUCACCAAGGAGCAGACUUACCCUACCGACAGUGGUCCAUUUGGAAACAUUGACAACAUGGACUGGAGGAAUAACACGGCUUACGAGCAAUACCAAUGGCUCAAGCAGGACCUCGAAAGCGUUGACCGAACCAAGACACCUUGGGUCUUCGUCAUGAAUCACCGACCCAUGUACAGUUCCGAGGUCUCCUCUUACCAAUUGCACAUGCGAAAUGCUUUCGAGCAAUUGUUCCUUGAUAACUGUGUCGACGCUUUCAUCGCUGGACACGUGCACUGGUACGAGCGAAUGUGGCCUAUGGGCAGAAAUGGAUCCAUCAACUGGGACCAAGUCCUCGGUAAUGACACUUAUCACGUCGGAGAUGGUUCAUCAAUUGUCCACUUGACCAACGGACAAGCUGGAAACGUCGAAUCUCACUCAAUUCUCAGUGCCGAUGAGCCAGUCCUGCCUCUUACCAAUGUCCUCAACUUUGUCGACUUUGGACUCAGCAAGUUGACUGUCAUCAACGAGACUGCUGCCAGUUUCGAAUUCAUUCGAGGUGCAGAUGGAUCACAAGGCGACUAUCUCAUGAUGACCAAGGCUUGGUAG